AUGUCUUUCCCAAUAGCAGCUCAAGUAGCACACAGUGCUGAACCAGAAAUUGUUAGGCAGACAGCAAAUUAUCACCCAAGCAUUUGGGGAGAUCGGUUCCUCAAUUAUGAUGAAAAAAACAUUCAGAUAACUUAUGACCAUAUGCAACAGCAAGUGGACCAACUGAAAGUAGCAGUGAGGAAGGAAGUAUUCACAACAAGUGCAGGUGAUUUUUCACAUCAGCUCAAGCUAAUUGAUGCAGUCCAGCACCUUGGCAUGGCUUACCAUUUCAAAAGAGAAAUCGAAGAAGCCUUGCAACGUGUGCACGUUACAUAUCAUGACUAUGAUGGUGGUGAUCUCUACACUGUUGCUCUUGAUAUAUUCAACAAGUUCAAAGAUAAAAAUGGUAACUUCAAGGAGAGCUUAACUGCUGAUGUUCCUGGGAUGCUAAGCUUUUAUGAAGCAGCACAUCUAAGGAAGCAUGGAGAAGACAUACUAGAAGAGGCUCUUGUUUUCACCACCACUCAUCUUGAGUCAGCAGAAACAACGGACGCAAGAAAUCCACUGGCUUUACAGAUAACUCAAGCCUUAGAGAGACCUCUGCGGAAGGGUCUGGAGAGGGUAUGUGCCCGGGGUUACAUGUCAAUCUACCGGGAUGAUGCUUCACAUAGUGAAGCUAUAUUGAAACUUGAGAAGUUAGAUUUCAAUCUCGUUCAAUCUUUACACAAGAAGGAGCUCAGCGAGAUUACUAGGUGGUGGAAAGAACUGGACUUUGAAAAGAAGCUGCCUUUUGCAAGAGAUCGGAUCGUGGAGCUGUACUUUUGGAUAGUUGGAGUCUAUUUCGAACCGCAUUAUAUGGCAACAAGAAAAAUUCUUACAAAAGUGAUUGCCCUGGUAUCAGUUUUGGAUGAUAUCUACGAUGCAUUUGGCACAUACGAAGUGAUUUUUACUGGAGCAAUUGAAAGGUGGGAUAUCAAUUGUAUGGAUGAACUCCCAGACUAUAUGCAAGUAUUCAGGUGGGAUAUCAAUUGUAUGGAUAUCUUGAAUGUUUACGACGAAAUUGAGGAGGAGAUGGUAAAAGAAGGAAGAUCAUACCGAGUUAACUAUGCAAAAGAAGCUGUUAAAGCUCAAGCCCGGAACUACUUCGCUGAGGCCCAAUGGUUGCACAAAGACUACAUUCCAAGCAUGGAAGAGUAUAUGAGUGUAGCAACAGCUUGUGUUGGUAACACCUUGCUUUCAAUUACAUCUCUGGUUGGCAUGGGAGAUAUUGGAACGAAGGAAGCUUUUGAGUGGUUGUUGAAUGAUCCUAGAAUUCUUAGAGCUUCAAAUAUCAUUUUUAGGCUCAUGGAUGACCUUAGUGGAUACGAGUUUGAGAAAGAGAGAGAGCAUGUUGCUUCUAGUAUUGAAUGUUACAUGAAGCAAUAUGGGGUGCCAGAGCAAGAGGUGCUUGAUAUUUUUAACAAACAGGUUAAAGAUUUGUGGAAGGAUAUCAACGAGGAGUUCCUUAGACCAACUGAUGUGCCAAUGCCUGUCCUCAUGCGUGUUCUGAAUCUAACAAGAGUGGUUGAUCUCCUUUACAAAGGGGAGGAUGGCUACACACAUGUUGGGAAAGUGAUGAAAGAUAGUGUUGCUUCACUUUUUAUUGAACCCGUGCCUCUCUGA